AUGGCCAACGAUGCUACGCCUUCCAAACACUCUGAGCUCGACACAAAUGAUGCAUCGAUCGUGAUACCAUCAAGCGUGGGCGACAGUCAUCUGUUGACAGGCAAGAAGUUAUCCAUCGCGUUUGGAGCAAUGCUACUGGCCCUAUUGUUAAUUGCGCUGGACCAGACUAUUCUAUCAACUGCUCUACCACGCAUCGCCUCAGACUUCAAUGCGUUCUCCCAACAAGGAUGGGUCGCCGCCUCGUUCGUUCUCACGCAGACUACCUUCAUCCUCUUCUUCUCCCAAGUGCUUCGCCUCUAUCCAGCCAAAUAUGUGCUUAUAGCAUCUGUGGUUAUUUUUGAGAUUGGUUCUGCCUUGUGUGGUGCCGCCCAGGAUGUCAAUACACUUAUCGGCGGACGGGCGCUCUCUGGUGUCGGCGCUGCCGGCAUUCUCACUGGUAUUCUCCAAGUGAUGGCUCAGGCCACCCGGUUAGAGGAUCGACCCACGCUGUUCAGCCUCUUUGAAUCGGUAUUCGCGUUUGCUUCGAUCAUUGGACCUCUUCUAGGCGGCGCUCUCACGGACCACGCCAGCUGGCGGUGGUGCUUCUAUAUCAACUUACCCAUAGGUGGCGUAUCUAUUGUAGCGAUUGUUUGGCUCCUCGACGCUCCACCACCGCUCGGAUCCGAAGACUAUGAUCACUCUUUUAAGUCCAUGUUUUGGCGCACGGCUGCCUUGGACUGGAUUGGCACUAUAUUUAGUCUGGGCGCUAUCACAAGUCUUGUUCUAGGCCUCCAAUGGGGCGGAAAUGAGAAGGCAUGGGACAGUGCAGAAGUCAUCGUCUGCCUCGUCCUUGCACUCGUUCUAACAUUUGUAUUCAUCUUUUGGGAGCGCUAUAUGGGAGACCGCGCUAUGGUUCCGUUGGAAAUCUUCAAGUCUCUCUCCAUUUACUCGAUCUGCUCCUUCGCGAUCUUCAACCGCUUUAUCUACCUGAUCUUCACAUACUAUAUUCCCAUCUAUUACCAGGCAGGGCGUCACCAUUCUGCGACGAAAAGUGGUGUAGACUUGCUCCCGCUCAUGCUCUCCGUUGUCAUAUCGAUUGUGGUGUCUGGACAACUCGUCGGUCGCUACGGCCGCUACUGGCCAUACUUGGUUGGCGGACCUGUGUUUGGCGCCGUCGGUGCUGGACUAAUGUACACUGUGACCGCAUUGCCCUCAAACGCAGCUGUGAUCGGCUACCAGAUCCUCGUCGGCAUCUGUAUCGGCACAACUCUACAGAACAUCCUGUUUGCCAUGCAGGCUGAGUUCGACGACACCCCAAAGCUAAUCAGUCAGGCAACCGGUAUGGUGAACUUCUGCCAGUUCCUCGGUGGUACAAUCGGCCUCGCCAUCGCCGAGACCACCUUCUCAUCCGAACUCCUGCUCAAUUUGCGAACGUAUGCGCCAGACGCGCCUUUCGAGACGAUACUACAAUCGCCGCUGUCGAUUUACAGCGCAGCCGUCCCAGACGCACUAGUCCCCAACGUCGUACGCGCCUAUGUCAAGUCCCUCUCGAUCGUCUACAUCAUUGGCGUCCCAGCGAAUGUUCUCUCGCUGGUAUUCGCAUUCUGCAUUUCGAAUAUCAACAUCAAGAAGAAGCCGGAAACGGAGAUAGAGAAUAAUGCACCGCGUGGUGACGAUGUGGCUAGCGGAGAGCAGCCAGUGACCUCUGAUGGGCAGCCACCUAUGACGGAGAAAAUGAGCUCACCCCAGCCCGCCUAA